CUGGAUUGCGUCUGUAGAUUCAGGACACACAGCGCUUCAGUCCGUGAGGAGAGAAAGACAGAAGAGUGUAUCAGCGUCAUUCUGAAGUUUCUCUUUGUUUGUAUCGUGUAGAGACACUAGGAGCCUUUGAUCCACGAUGUGGCCCCCUAAAGUCCUGCUAAUGGCCGUCGUAUCCUGUGUGCUGAUUGGUGGAGGAAACUGUCAAUCAAACUCAUCCGAUGGCCUCCAGCUCUCCGCUGACCCCAGCUCAGGUCACCGGUCUCUGAACCGCCUGACCUCUGACCCCAGAGCUGUUGGGACGGUUGGUGUCCGGCCGCUGUCGCUGCCCCCGGCGUGUCUGAGGAGGACCUACAUCGAGGGCUUGUUUAAAUACGUCAACACCAUCCUGUCCUGCCUCAUCUUCGUGGUGGGGAUGGUGGGGAACGCCACGCUUCUGAGGAUCAUCUACCUCAACAAGACCAUGAGGAACGGCCCAAAUGCUCUGAUCGCCAGCCUGGCGCUCGGAGACCUCAUCUACAUCGCCAUCGACAUCCCCAUCAACGUCUAUAAGCUGCUGGCGAUGCGGUGGCCCUUCGAUGACAGUGUGUUUGGUCUGUUCCUGUGCAAACUCAUGCCAUUUCUACAGAAAGCGUCAGUCGGAAUAACGGUUCUCAAUCUGUGUGCGCUCAGUGUGGACAGGUACCGUGCGGUGGCGUCCUGGAGUCGUGUUCAGGGUGUGGGGAUCCCUGUGUCCACGGCUGUGGAGAUCCUGUGUAUCUGGCUGCUGGCUCUAGUUCUGGCCGUUCCUGAGGCCAUCGGCUUCAAAAUGGUCAGCUUCGACUACAACAACGUCACCAUCCGCACCUGCAUGCUGAAACCAGAGACGCCCUUCAUGACCUUCUACAGGGACGUGAAGGUCUGGUGGUUGUUUGGCUUUUAUUUCUGCGUGCCGCUGGUGUGUACAGCCGUCUUCUACACACUCAUGACCUGUGAGAUGCUGAGCAACAGGAAGGGAAGCCUGAAGUUUUCUCUGAGCGAACACCUGAAGCAGAGGCGUGAGGUGGCCAAGGCCGUGUUUUCUCUGGUGCUGAUCUUCGCUCUCUGCUGGUUUCCGCUGCAUCUCAGUCGCAUCCUGAAGAAGAUGGUGUAUUUUCAGAACGAUGUCGGCCGCUGCGACCUGCUGAAUUUCUUGCUGGUGUUUGACUACCUGAGUAUAAACCUGGCCACCAUCAACUCCUGCAUCAAUCCCAUAAUCCUCUACUUCGUCAGCAAGAAGUUCAAGAACUGCUUCAGGUCGUGUUUGUGUUGCUGGUGUUAUCCGGCCGGCUCCAUCUUGAGCAGCGUUGUGCCUCUGAACGGGACCAGCUUCCAGUACAAGAGCCCUGAUCAGAACGGCUUAUCGGACCGGACGGCGCUGCGCAAGGACAGCUACAACUGACCUCAACCACACACAUGUUGUUUCAACCCUGACUACAGAGAUAGCAACAUAUAAUGAUUAUAUUAUUAUAUCUACUGCACUGGAUAACUGUGUGCAUACUAUUAUGACAAAGAAAAUGCAUCUUUUUUGGUGUAUGCAUCAUAUUUUGUAAACUCAAACAUGCGUUUUUAAUGUGAUGUCAAAUGUUUUACAGCUAAUAGGGAACGUUUUGAAAAGGUUCUCUCAAAGUUAUAAACAAACGUUCGUCCUGUAACGCUUAUAGAACGUUCAUUCAACGUUAUCUGGUCUUUAAUAACGUCCUCAGAAUUUCACGCAAAAACAUUACUUAGGCUAUACAUAAUUCACGGAAUGUGUUUUCUUAAAUGUUUGAAUUAAAAUUGUUCGUCUAAUAAUGUUCUCAAAACAUUCGCGUAAAAAAGUUUUUUUUUCUGAAACGUUUUAGUUGAGAAUUCAACUUAUUUUGAAAUGUUAGACAAACUUAUAACGUUCUCAAAAUGUUAGCACAGAAAAAAAUCGUUAGUUGAACAGUUUUUUUCGGAAACGUUUUAGUUGGACAUUCCUAUAAAGUUUUUUUUUUUCUUUUACAUGUUAAACUAGUAAUAUUAAAAAAAUUUAGCACAGAAACAUUUUUUUUCGGAAACGUUUGAGUUGGAUGUUGAUAUAACAUUUUUUUUUUUAUGUUACAAAAACUAUAAUAUUCUAAAAAUUUUGUACAGAAACGUUAUUCAUACAUUGUUCAUGGAAUGUUUUUAUGAGGCGUUUAAUUGGAAAUUCAUCUGAAAAUCUUAAAAAUGUUAAAUAUAGUAAUAAUGUUCUCAAAACGUUAGCAGAAAAAAAAUUGUACAUUAUUUUAGUCGGACAUUCAGCUAACGUUUUUUAUUGUUAGACUAACAAUAUUCUCAAAAACAUUAGCACAAUUUUUUUUCUUAAAUGUCUUCAUUAAGCAUUCAAAGUUUUGAAAUAUUAGACAAACUAAUAACAUUCUCAAAAUGUUAUCACAAAAAAAAGUUAUUUUAAAAUUGUUCAUUGAACAUUUUUUCGCAAACGUUUUAGUUGGACGUUCCUAAGAAGUUUUUUUUUUUAAAUGUUACAGAAACUAUAAUAUUCUCAAAAUUUAGCACAUAAAUAUUUUUUUUUUCGGAAACAUUUUAGUCGGAUGUUCGUAUAACCUUUUUUUAUGUUACACAAUCGAUAACAUUCUCAAAAUUUGGUACAAAAACAUUAUUCAUACAUUGUUAAUGGAAUGUUUUUUUAAACGUUUAAUUGGACAUUUAUCUCAAAAAAUGUUUCAAUGUUAAUAAUGUUCUCAAAACAUUAGCACAAACAUUUUAUUUGUAUAAUGUUCAUGAGACUUUUUAUCUGAAACGUCUUUCUGAAACUUUUUUUAAAUGUUCGACAAACUAAUAACAUUCUCAAAUUUGUUAGUUAAAAAAAACGUUAUUCAUAAAUCGGAUGUUGUAAAUGUUUCAUCUUUAUAACUAACUAUAACUAUAUAGGUUCGGAACAGCAAAUCAUUUUGCGCAACUUAAAUUGAUUCAGAGUUUCGAAAGCCUCAGUUUCUCAUAUCACUACUGUAAACAAAAUAUGUCAGAUUUACAGCCAUUUACAUUGGGACAUGUCAUGUGCAGCCACUUUCUUUUACUGUUUACGUUCAACUCUGUUAAGAAAAUAAACCGGGUUGACGUAAACGUGACGCAGGCCUGAUUUACAUGCCGUUUUUUUUCAACUUUAGCGCCAACUUGUGUUUCACUACUCGAUUACUCAAACGGUUGGUCAGAGUGAAGCUGUUUAUUAGAAACUGAAGAAUUAAGUAACAUUAAAUUACAUAUCAAACUUUAAAUGUAUAAAACAUUUCCAUUGGGAUAAAUUGCUGUUUUGCUCAAUUACAUUUCUUCACUUUCACUUUCAAAUUUUAUAUAUAUUAGUCAGUAGGUCUAUAAACAGGUGUGAGAAGACUUUAAAAUGAAAUGCCCUUUUUGUCUGAGAUGUUGUAAAUAAAUAUUUUAUGUGUGUUUAUCAAAGUCAGAGUGUGUGGUCUGUUGGUUGUGAAACUUUCUGCUUCAGAGUCGGGAUUAUGGUUUUAUUCCCACAGAAUUGACUUUCCAUGGUGCAAAGCGGAACAUUUUUGUUUUUCCAGGAAAUCAUUUCUGUCAGAAUUACGAGUUCU